AUGUCUGAGCGUAAAGUUCUUCAGAAGUACUACCCGCCGGACUUCAACCCGGCGGACCUCACCCGAAAGCGCGGAUCCAAACCUACAGGCCCCAAGGUGCAGACGGUCAGAAUCAUGGCGCCUUUCUCGAUGAAGUGCACCACUUGCGGAGAGUACAUCUACAAAGGCCGGAAGUUCAACUCUCGAAAGGAGACGCGUGUGGAGGAACGUUACCUCAACAUUCAGAUACACAAUUUCCACAUUCGCUGCACGCGCUGCUCGAGCGAAAUUACCUUCAGAACCGAUCCGAAAUCGGCGGGUUACAUGAUGGUUAAGGGCGCCGUCCGCAACAUGGAGCCCUGGCGUAACAAGGAGGAGGAACAGGAGUCCGUAGAGGAGCGUCUGGACAGGCUGGAGCGCGAAGAGGCCGAGGCGGCAGGAGAGGAAGAGCGUAACGCGAUGGCUGACCUCGAAGCCAAGAACGAGGAUGCGCGCAGAGAAAUGGCGGCGGCGGAUGCGCUUGAUGAAAUCAGGCAGCGCAAUGCACGCAUCCAGCGGUCCGAGAAGGAGGGUGUGGAUUUUUCCGAAUAUGUUGUUCGUCCCGAAGAUGAAGAGAAGGCCAGAUUGGAGAGAGAAGACGAGGAGGCUGCGAGGAAGGCGUUUGCUGCUGCCAGAGAGCGAGCUGCGCUUGACCUCGGGGAAGAAGUUAUUGAGGAAGAGGUGGAUGAUGGAGUUGUUGGAGCGUCAUCAUCAUCGUCAUCAUCGGGCGAGAAGGCGGAGGGCGCCGCGGUGAGUACCGUGAAGGAUACAUCUUCUAUGCCACCACCACCACCACCUCCUGCCAAGAGGGUGGUCAAGAAGAAGAAGGAUUACUCUGCGGCGCUGGGCAUCAAGAAGAAGCCCUCUCUGGUAUAA